AUGCAGGCUGAGAAUGCAAUCAAACUGCUUGAAGCAUCAAUGAAGGCAAUGAUGAAAGCAAUCAAAGACCAGUACAACAGCCAAAUUGAGAAUCUGAUCAGACACAAGGAGAAUCUUGAGAAAGAAAACUGUGAUGAAUAUGUUCAGCCCACAGAAGGAGAAAAAUCUCAGUGUGAAGAUGAUGAAGAAGAGAAUGAUGAAGAAAUGAAUGCCAGUUUGGAUAAAACAAUCAAUGAAAUAUUCAAACAGACAAAGAUAGACAAGAACAAAGAGGAGAACGAGGAGCAAACACAGAAAGAAGAUGAUUCACAACCAUCUACAGUCGAUCUUGCUGCAUCUACACCGAAGGAGCAAGAUGAUUCUGCUCCAGCAGCUGUGAAUAAGGAAAGUAUCCAAGAAGGAGAUCCACUGGGGAAAGUUGCAACAGAACCACCAGCUGUUCAAGAAGAUCUGAAUCAGGGAACACCACAACAAGAGAACACCCCGAAAGCAGUUCCAGAACAGACAUCUGCAAAAGAAACAGAAGAAAAAAGAGCUACAAAAAUAGCAGAUCCAAUGGAUGUUGAUAAGGAAAUAACAGAAGAAGGUAAUACAGGGCAAGCUGCACAAAAGACUACAGAAACUGACAGCGAGAAAACGGUGUCAGAUGAUGUUGUUCGAGAAUAG